CCGAUUUAUUAUCCAAUCCCAGCGCUCAAUUUACAAACCACCCUAAAUUACAAGAAGUUGAUUGGCUGUUUCAAUAAACACAAACGGGUGUAAUUUUUGUUGCUUCAUUGCGACUUUAAGAAAGAUUUUUCGGUAACUGUUUCCAUAGUAACAUGCUUACAGGCAACAUGGAGUUCCUACGGUGGAGUUGUCAUGAUGUUGCAAGAUGGAUUGAGUCUUUAGGAUUCCCACAAUAUAAAGCAUGUUUCAUGGACAACCUCAUCACCGGAAGAAUGCUCAUUUACGUAGAUUGCAUCUACCUGCCAAGGCUUGGAAUCACAGAUUUUAAAGACAUGCAGGUCAUCUCUGCUCGUGUUCGUGAGCUGCUGGGGAUCACAGAGACCCUGUGGAGUCGUAGCAUUGCUGACCCUCCACGAGACCACAUAGCCCUGUUCCUGGAGAGGAAGAGCCGGUCAGGUGAACAGGCAGACAGCCUCACCUACAACCAACAGUUUCUGGGUGGCAGGCGUCAGUAAAAGUUUGAAUCAUAUGAGUGAAGUUGCCCUGCAAUAAUUAAGACAAGACAGUGUCAUUUCAUAUCAUAAACUGUCAGCAAUGAGCAGCCUUCAACCUCAUACUACUGCUACAAUUAUAAUUAGCAGUCACACUUGGGUCAUCAUUGUCAUAGUUUUUAUGGCUAAUUCUAGUAAUUUUCCACUUUUGCUUGCAUUGCUUUUAUGGCGUCAUCGCAGAUGGCUUUUCACGAGUCUUGUUCUGUUCAAGGUUUCUGUCUGUUAAAAGCAUAGACUGUACAUAUUGGUUAAAAGGCAGUUCUUCCUAACAGCUGUUGCCUGAUAGAUUCAUGUUUUUCCUCUUUAAAUAAUAUAAUUUACACCUGCUCUUUAUAUAAAGUCUCAUUAAAUAAUUAUUGUGAUUUGGAACUUCAUAAAAAGCUUGAUUGACAGUUUGUCAUGUGCAUAAUGAUAAUUACCUUUAAAGUUAGUUCAUGCUGACCUUUAUUUAUUGAGCAUUUUUCAAAAUCCAAGUUACAAAUAGCAAACUGGCAGGUCAUAAAAACAUCAGGUUAUAAAAGGAAUGAAAUGUCAAAACAUUUCAGGCAAAACAUUGGGGAAUAAUAGAUAUUUAAAAUCCCCAAAAAGUUUAACUAAAUUAAAUGUAUUUACAUAAAAGCUGAAAAGGCUUUCAGAUUGAAUGCUUUUUAAAAGAGUUAUUUGGAUUUUACAAGUAAGAACUUGUAUACAAGCAAUAAAAAUCAGUUAUUCUGCUAGUUUGUUGUGCAGGUAGCCGACAUGUAAUCAGUCUGAAAAUAAUAUUUCAAUUGAAAUGCUGUAAACUUGUUCUACUUUGUUGUGGAUGAUGUCACUGUCAGAGCCUAUACUUUUCAUGUCUGUUAAAUAAGUGAGAUUUUUCAGACACACAUUAAAAUGAAUAGUUAAAAAAUU